AUGAGUUUAAAAUUAAAUAUUCAAAGAUGAUUAUUUUCUACAAAUGCUAAGGAUAUCGCGGUUCUGUAUUUUAUUUUUGCUUUAUUUUCAGCAAUGAUUGGUACAGGAUUAUCCGCUAUAAUUAGAUUAGAAUUAGCUAACACAGGAUCACCGUUCUUACAUGGAAAUACUCAAGCAUUUAAUGUAGUGAUCACAGCUCAUGCAAUAUUAAUGAUAUUCUUCUUCGUCAUGCCAGCUUUAGUAGGAGGUUUUGGUAAUUACUUAAUGCCAUUAAUGUUAGGAGCUAGUGAUAUGGCUUUCGCUAGAUUAAACAAUAUCUCAUUCUGAUUAUUAGUACCUUCAUUAAUAUUAAUAUUAACUUCAGCUUUAGUUGAAGCUGGUGCUGGUACAGGAUGAACUGUAUAUUUCCCAUUAGCAGGUAUCCAAUCACAUAGUGGUCCAGCUGUAGAUUUAGCUAUCUUCAGUUUACAUUUAUCAGGAUUCUCAUCAUUAUUAGGAGCUAUCAACUUCAUAACAACUUUCAUUAACAUGAGAACAAUUGGAAUGAAAUAUGAGAAUGUUCCAUUAUUCGCUUGAGCAGUAUUAUUUACAGCUAUCUUAUUAUUAUUAAGUUUACCUGUAUUAGCUGCUGGAUUAACAAUGGGAAUCUUCGAUAGAAACUUUAAUACUUCAUUCUUCGAGUAUGCAGGUGGUGGUGAUGCUGUAUUAUACCAACACCUAUUCUAUUGAUGAAAUCACCCAGAGGUAAAAAUAAUAUGCCUCAUAAUAUUGCUAUAUGCUGGGAAGUCCUUUAUAUCAAAGAUAUAUAAUAUUAAAGGCAGUAUCAAUCAUAUAUAUAUUAAUAAUGUAAUAGUUUUAAUAUUAUCUAAAUUAAAUUAUUGUAUUAAUAAUAAUAUAAUAAUAUAUAGAAAAGGAUUAUCAGCAGGUAACUUUAUAAAUAAAGGAACCUCAGAGACUAUACGCAAUAAUAUAGAUUUAAUUAUAGAAAUAUUAUUAUAUAAUAAAGUAGUUAAAACUAUUAAAGAUAUUUCUGUUCAUAUACCUAAACAUAAUAGAAUUAAUAAUGAUAAUGACUUAGGUUAUUAUUUAGCAGGUUUAAUGGAUUCAAAUAGUGAAAUAAUAAAUAAUAAUAUGAUAAUACAUUUUAAUAAUGAUGAUUAUAGUUACAUGUAUUUAAUUAAAAAACAAAUAGGUUAUGGUUCUAUUAUUAAAGGUAAUAACUGUAAAUUAAUAAUAAAAUCUAAUGGUAUACCUAAAGUAUUAAAUUUGAUAAAUAAUAAGAUAAAUAAUAAAAUAUUAUUUACACAAAUAAUAAAUUAUAUAAAAUUAAAUAAUUUAAAUAUAGAUUUUAUAUUAAAUAAUAAUUUGAAUAUAUUAAAUAAUUAUUGAUUAUCAGGGUAUUUAGAUGUAAAUUCUAAAUUUGAUAUAAAUUUAAAUUUAAUUAAUAAUAAUUUAUAUAAUAUUGAUUUUAAUUUAUAUAUAAAAGCACCUUUAAAUGAUAAAAAUAAUAUAGAUAAUAAUAUAUUAAAUUUAAUUAAUUCUAAUCUUAAAGGUUAUAUAUAUAAAGAUGAAAAUAAUAAUGCAAUAUAUAAUAUAAAUAGUUUAAAUAUAGUAUAUAAAUAUAUAAUGUAUUUAAGAAGUUAUCAUUUAAUGUCAAAUAAAUAUUUAACUUAUAUAUAUUGAAGAAAAACAUAUAUUAGAGUUCAAAAUAUAAUAUGAUAUGUUACUAAUGGUAUACCUAAAAUAGAUUAUUAUAAUCAUGAAACAGAAAUAUCAAAAAUAGAAAAUAAUGCUAUAAAAUUAAAUAAAUUAAAUAAUAAAACUUAA